UGCAAAAUGGCAGACAACCUCCCCUUAGAAAUCUGGUUGAUGAUAACCCCCUAUCUCAACCACAUCGAUACCUUUAACCUCGCCAGAUGCAGCCAUCGACUCUACGCCGCUCUCCAACUUGAGAUAUUCACCCAUAUCGAAGAAACUAGCAAAGUCGGCUGUCCCUGGUCCCUCGAAUGUCUAUUCCGCCACCUUCUAGAAAAGCCACCCCACGCACAAACCGUACAAAGCCUCAUCCUCGGCCCCUGGGAAUCUAUAUGCGAGAAAGAAGGCCACGCUUGGGGCCCAUUUACACCUGAGGCACUUUCCGCCGAUGGUCUGUAUGAGCCGCAUGAUUUCUGGCAACGCCGCAUCGAGAAAGAAGAGAGGUCUUGUUAUGGACCUAUUCGGAAAGUGUGGAGAUCUAUCCUUAUGCUGCAGUUUUCAGGCUCUGCGAUGUGUACUCGGCUUGCGGAGAUGAGGGCGAUGGGGAGGGGGCCUUGUCGUCUUCUUGAUUCUUGCGGGCCGGAUCUUGGGCCGGGUGGGUAUCUGUCUCGGCCUUUUUGAUGAUUUAUCACUUUUGAACUGUAUUUAGUGCCCGGGCCCGGAUUACCUCGCCUCUUACUCCGAAGAGGGAUUGAGAAGGCCUUUGUAUAUACAGGGCAACAUUGUCCACAUUGCCCACGAUAUGAGUCAGUUUUACAGCAGCCAUACAGAUAAUAAAGGAUAUUUAACCUACGACUUCUACGAUUGUACGAAGCAGAUCAAAUGUGCAAUAAGCGCACGUGAAGACAUCCCGAGAUGGAAUUCCAGACGUCUGUUGAUCCUGAAUUCACUUCUAAAAAUUAUAACCACUCUUCCAAAAGAAAUCCUGCUUCUGAUAACCAGCUAUUUUGAUCAUCUUGUUACACUCCAUCUUGCAUCAUGUAAUCGUCAACUGUACAGAGAGCUGAAGCUCGAAAUAUACCGG